GGGAUGGAUGGCACCGGCAGAGCCUCCGGUUACCGUGGAAACGGCAAAACCGGCGAUGCAGGGAAGCGGCGGCGAGCGCAGGGAGCGCGCUGGGCUCUCCCCAUCCUCCGGUGAAACCCCGGGCAGCACCGGGGAGCGGCGGCUGCCGUCGGCCAUGAGCCGCGUGCCCAGAGCACCGGGAGCGGCACCGGGAGCGGCGGCGGGGCGGCCCCGGUGCCGCAGCCCCGUCAGGCGCCCGGUGCCGCUGUCCCAGGGCAAGGACAAGGAGAGGAUGAAGGAGGGCAAGGAGAAGGACGCGCGUUACACCAACGGGCACCUCUUCACCACCAUCUCCGUGUCGGGCAUGACCAUGUGCUUCGCCUGCAACAAGAGCAUCACGGCCAAGGAAGCGCUGGUGUGCCCCACCUGCAACGUCACCAUCCACAACCGCUGCAAGGACACGCUGCCCAACUGCACCAAGGUGAAGCAGAAGCAGCAGAAGGCGGCGCUGCUGAAGAACAGCUCAGCGCUGCAGUCGGUGUCCCUGCGCAACAAGAAUGCCAUCCGCGAGCGCCCCAACUCUGCCAUCUACCCCUCGGAGAGUUUCCGCCAGACGCUGCUGGGGCCGCGCCGCGGCCGCCCCUCGCUGUCCCUGUCCAAGAGCGUCUCCACCACCAACAUCUCGGGGAAUUUCAACGAUGACUCUCCCCUGGGCAUCCGGCGCAUCCUGUCCCAGUCCACCGAUUCCCUCAACAUGCGCAACCGGACGCUCUCGGUGGAGUCGUUGAUCGACGAAGGCCCUGACGUCAUCCUGAGCCAGCUGCUGAGCGAUCUGGAGGCGGAUGGGAAGGAGUUUGAGGCGGAUUCCUGGAGCCUGGCGGUGGAUAACAGCUUCCUGCAGCAGCACCGCAUGGACGUCAUGAAGCGGCAGGACGUCAUCUACGAGCUGAUGCAGACGGAGCUGCACCACGUGCGGACGCUGAAGAUCAUGGGCGCCCUGUUCCGCAGGGCCAUGCUGGAGGAGCUGCAGCUGGACCCCGGCACCGUCCAGCGCAUCUUCCCCUGCCUGGACGAGCUCAGCCACAUCCACGAGCGCUUCCUGGCCCAGCUCCUGGAGCGGCGCCGGGAGUCGCUGGCCCAGGACAGCAACAAGAACUUCGUCAUCGACCGCCUCGGUGACAUCCUCGUCACCCAGUUCUCGGGCCCGAGCGCGGAGCAGCUGCGCAAAGCCUACGCCGAGUUCUGCAGCAAGCACACCAAGGCGCUCAAGGAGUACAAGGACCUGCUGGCCCGGGACAAACGCUUCCAGCAGUUCAUCAGGCGGGUGACACGCUCCCCUCUGCUGCGCCGCCACGGCGUCCCUGAGUGCAUCCUGCUGGUGACCCAGCGCAUCACCAAGUACCCGGUGCUCAUCGAGCGCAUCCUCAAGAAUUCCAAAGACAACGAGGGCGACUGCGCGGACCUGUCGCGGGCGCUGCGCCUGGUGAAGGAGCUGCUGUCGGCCGUGGAUGAGGAGGUGCACGCCUGGGAGCUCCGCGGGCGCCUCUGGGACGUGUUCCGGCGCGUGGAUCCCCGCGCCAAGGUGCCGCUGUGCUGGGACAGCCGGCCCGGCGCCUUUGGCAGGGACGAGCUGCUCCGCAGGAAGCUGGUGCACAGCGGGGGCAUGCUCUGGAAAACGGCGGCCGGGCGCUUCAAAGAUGUCCUGGUGCUGCUGAUGACGGACGUGCUGGUGUUCCUGCAAGAGAAGGACCAGAAAUACACCUUCCCCAUGCUGGACAAGCCGGCUGUCAUCUCCCUGCAAAACCUGAUCGUGAGGGACAUCGCCAACCAGGAGAAGGGCAUGUUCCUGAUCAGCGCGGCGCCGCCCGAGAUGUACGAGGUGCACGCGGCCUCGCGGGACGACCGCAACCACUGGAUGAAGGUCAUCCAGCAGGCCGUCAGCCUCUGUCCGAGCCGCCAGGAUUUUCCCCUGAUUGAGACGGAGACGGAGGCGUCCUUGAGGAAGCUGAAAGGUGGGGGCUCAUCCCUGAUCCGGCUUGGGCAAUUCUUUGCCGACAUGCUGGCGCUGGGCAGCGGCUGCUCCGAGCCCCCCGCAGCCCCCCGGGGCACCCCCUUCCCUGGGGACCCCGCCCGGGGCCCCCGCGGGGACGUCCUGCUGCACGACGCCAUUCGGGAAGUGGAGUGCCUGAAGGAGAUUUUCACGGGAUGCACCCGAGACCGGGACCAGAACCAGAACCAGAACAACCCCCCCGAGGCCGAGAGCUGCCCCAGCCCCAGCGCCAGCAACGGUGACUCCGGCAGCAUCAACGGCUCCUUGGAAUUCCGGGCGGAUCCGGACGCUGGGCAGAGGGACGGGAAUGGGAACCAGGUCCCGCCGAGGGGAUCCCAGGAGGAGAUCAACCAGCGCCUGGUGAACCUGUACGGGCUCCUGCUGCGGCUGCAGGUGCACCUGACGCACCAGGAGGUGCUGCUGGAGCUGCAGCUGCCGGAGGGGCUGCAGCGGCCGCGGCCCCGCCGGGGCUCGCAGCCGGCCGUGCCGGUAACGGGAGCGGCGGAACCGGGCGCCGGGGCGGAGCUGGCGCUGCUGCAGCGGCAGCACGGGCUGGUGCAGGAGGAGCUGAGCCGCUGCCGCCAGCUGUGCCAGGAGCGGGCGCAGGAGGCGGCGGCGCUCGAGUCGCGCCUGCGGGACAGCGAACGGGAGCGCUCCCGGUUGGAACGGGAGCUGCAGGAGGCGCGGGGGGCACCGGCGGUGGCGGCGCCGCGGGGACGGAGGGCGGCGGAGCCUCGGCGGAGGAGCCUCCCGGCUGGGGAUGCGCUGUACCUGAGCUUCACCCCACCGCAGCUGAGCCACGCCAGCUCCCCCGCCGCUGUCCCGUUCCACGCCCCCGCCUUCCCCGGCUCCCGGGACGAGCUGGAAUUCCGCGGAACCGACCCCGAGCGGCUGCGGGAGGGCGAGGACACCCUGGACGUGCUCCUGGAGGACGAGGGGGGCUUGGGGAGUCGCCACUCCCCCCCCGCCAGCCCCCGAGAUUUCCUGAGGAUGCAGGAUAUUCCCGAGGAGGUGGAGAACAGCCAGGAGCUGAAGGAGGGCGACGGGGACAGUUAGGGACCCCCGCAGCCCCCCCAGCACCCCACGAUUCCCCCCCAGGACACGCCGGGGGCUGGAUCCAGCUGUGGGGAGCGUUGGGAAAAGCGGGAUGGGGACGCUGCUAUUCCCACGGGAGCCUUAUGGGAAUUUUGGGGGGGGUCCUGUCGCCCCCUCCCCUACUCCAGCCCGGGGGGGACAGGGGUGACAGCGUGUCCCUCCUCUUCCCGCUGGGAUUUAUUUAUUUAUUUGGAUGUUUUGGGGUGCGGGAGGCGGGGGGGGCACGGACACCUCCCGUUCCUGGGUCAGCGGUGACAGUGACCCCCCCCCGGUAUCGGGGGGCUGCCCAAGGGUGGGGCGGGGAGGGACGGGGUCCCCGCGGAUUAACUGUAAAAACAAAGGAUAAAAGAAAUGAAAAA